AUGGGAGACGUCACUGAUCCAUCACCAACCAACAACACCACUGGUAUUGUUGAUUCUAAUCCUCACCUUCAUCCAUCUAGUCCAUAUUAUGUUCAUCCAGCAGACAAUCCUACAACUAUUCUCUAUCAACCGGUUCUCACAAGUGAAAACUAUGCCACUUGGGUUCGCGGUUUUCGUAAGGCUUUGAGUGCUAAAGACAAACUUGGCUACAUUGAUGUCACCAUUGUUAAGCCAGAAGUUCCAGCUGAUAUGCCUUACUGGCAACGCUGUGAUGAUCUUGUUGGCAAUUGGGUUUGCAAUUCCUGUGAACCAGAGAUUGGUCGUAGUGUGAUGUCUUUCGACACUGCUCAUGAGAUAUGGAUGGACUUGAAGAGUCGUUUUGCUCAGUCCAAUGCCACAAAAUUGUAUGCCAUCAAGCAAUCGAUUUCCACCUUGAAACAGGAGCAUAACUCUGUUGCUCAAUACUACACCCAGCUCAAAACUCUUUGGGAUCAAUUGGAUUCUUUUCGACCUCCAACACCUUGUAUUUGUCAUGCUGGUAAGUCUAUUAUUGAACAACAUAAUCAAGAUCGUGCUAUGGAGUUUUUACAGGGGCUUCAAGAUCGUUUCUAUGCCUUGCGAAGCCAACUCCUAGUCACUGAACCGUUACCAUCGGCUGCCAAACUGUACAAUCUCGUACGCCAAGAAGAAGAGCAGCAAGGCAUCAACUCCGCUGCUGUUCCAAUAGUUGAAUCUGCUGCUUUAGCUGCUUCUCACACAGACGCCAGAUCACAGCGUCCUUCCUCGCAAUUCCGUCCAGUUCCUGGCAACAGCUCCUAUGGCAACAAACGACCCCGGCCCUUUUAUGAUCACUGUAACCGGCAUGGUCACACACGACUGGUCUGUUGGAAGCUACACGGCUAUCCUAAUGACUCUUCAAAGGCCGUUGCUCACAAUGCUACUCACAAUGCUUUAGCCACAGUUGCUAUACCUGCCCAUCUUUCCGCGGCUCCGUCGAUCACUGCUGAGCAAUACGCUCAGCUCCUGAACCUGCUCAAUCCGAACAGCAACAGUGUUGUGUCUCCUCUAGCGGCAAACUGCGCAGUGGUUGAUAAACCAAUUGACGUACAAUUGCCAGAUGGAUCGUUUACAUCUGUGAGCCAUAUUGGACCUUCAAACGAACAAGGAGAUUGGAUGGAGUAG